GUGACGUCACGCGUACGAGCAAAAGAUGAGGUGAAUCUUCUGGCUUGCUUUGAAAGGCAGACUGGAAAGAGUGUGUGCUAACAGCCGGACUGCUCUCCUUCGUGUCCCUCCGCCGCGGGAGAUGAGAAAAGCCGACACUGACGUCUCCUCGACGACCACUCAUUGCACGUAUUGCGCCUUCGUCUGCUCUCUCGCGGCAAUCUGUUGAUCUGCUGCUGCUAGAGUCCCCGUCUCCAGUAAACAGACAGAUAUAGCUGUGUAACCAGAGAUUGUGACAGGAGAGAGAGAAAGAGAGGAAGCGGUGAGAAGCGGCGGCCGCGGAGAGACAAGCUACCCUAUCUAUGGGACAGACGUGGUGUACCAAUACUCAAAGGGAGCGCUCGACGCCCGGUACUACCAUGAGUUCCGGACUUCAAAUGGACGGUUCCUUCGGCUCCUCCUCUCCGAGAAACGCCCAGGGACAUGUGAAGACAACAACUCACAGAGGAUGGUACAGCCCUCUUGACAGAGCUGUUGAAUACCAGGUCAUUCUUCUUCGCCCAGAGUCCAACUCCUUAGGAACCUCGUUAUUCCAGCAAUGUCAGGGGCUUGCCCACAGCUGUGUUGCCGUGGAAACGGCAGAGGAAGCGUGUCGGAGGGUCAGCCAGUCCAGCCGGCAGACCGUGGUCCUCGUGGACAUUUCGACCAAUCAGAUUGCAGUCGUGGAGCGGCUAGUGGAACUGAUUGCAUCUCACAAUCUCUGGCUCCAAGCAACACUGGUUGCCAUCGUUGCUGAUAGCAACGAGCUUACUCCAGAGGUCAGAGUUCAACUAGUGGGGGCGGGGUUUUCGAGACUCCUCACAGAAGACCAAUGUAGUGACAGCAGCCUUCGCCUCCACCUGCAGCUGCUUGAAUGCAGUGAGCUGAGGGUUAAACAGCACCUCAUGUAUAGUCAGGCACUACAAGCAGCAGUUGACCAGAGCAAUGACGCCAUUCAAAUAGCCGACAGCCAAAGUCAGAUUAUGUAUGUGAACUCGUCAUUUGUGCGACUGACGGGGUUCUCAAAGGAGGAAGCUCUCGGGAGACCAGCCAGCGAGAUGAUGAAGAUGAUUGACGUCAGGUCUGAGAACGGACCGUUCCCCUCGACUCAACCUCUCAAGACGUGGUCAGGCGAGGUGGAGUGUGUUGGGAGACGAAAGUCUGGAACUGCUCUCAGACAACACCUCAAACUUAUCCCCGUCGUCAUGGCACCAGAGCAAUCUGCAGUGUAUCAUGUCACAAUUCGGAGAUUGCUGGGAUCGGUGGAUCAGAAGACCACACCCACCAGUGAAACCACACCCACUUCUGAGUUCCGCCCGGUUACGGGGGCACCCAGUCCCAAAGAGUCUCAUAAUUCUUUUCGACCUCCUCUGAUGAAGACCCACACUCUCCCUGCUCACAGAUCACACCCCACGGUCGACACACCUCUGGCCAAGGUGGUGAACAUACUGGGAGAGGCUCAGAGGAACGAGACUUGUCCUCCCAACAUCAGGGAAGCCCUCGACCAUGCCAUGGAAGUGCUAAGGACGUCGGACCCCUAUGCUCCUCAAUCAGAUGACAUCUCUAGCAGCAGAUCGGGCAUCGUCCAGGGCCUCCUCUAUCAAUCCACACGGAGGCCACAUGCGGUAACCAGCGCCUCUGAACAUCCUGUCAGAACUACACACAUGUCCCCUCACUUGAGGCACAGUCCUGCCACGCCUCCUCCUCAACAACUGCAAGAGGCUCUGGAAGGAGUCGACCGGUGGGACUAUGACAUCAUCCACCUGGAGAGGGUGUGUCAGGAGGCGCGGAGGCUGGGCCCACUGUAUUACGUUGGCUCCAAGAUUUUCAAGGAUUUCAACGUUUCAGAGACUCUUGGUGUGGACGAGACAACCACCAGCUGCUGGCUGAAGCUAAUGGAAACACACUACAAGUCAAACCCCUACCACAACUCCACGCAUGCUGCAGAUGUCCUCCACGCGGCGGCCUAUCUCGUGAAACAGCUGCAAGACAAACUGGCCACACAUGGGGAGAUGUUAGACCAGGCAGAGAUUGCUGCGAUCUGUAUUUCAGCCGUGGUUCAUGACCUGGACCAUCCCGGGUUCACCAACCCGUUUCUCUGCAACAGCAGGGCCCAGCUGGCUCUCCUCUACAAUGACAAGUCAGUGUUGGAGAACCAUCAUGUGUCCUUGGCCUUCAGACUGACUGAAGACAGCGAGAAUGCGACCGCCAACAUCUUUCAGAGUCUUGAUGGGGCCACGUAUCGUGAAAUGAGAGUGUCCAUUAUUGACAUGGUUCUGGCCACAGACAUGUCUCAGCAUUUCGAACACCUCACCAAGUUCAAUGCACUCAUGGUGAGCCAUCUCACAUGAGAGAAUUCUUCCUCCUCCCGUUGUGUGUUUGUUCCAAUAUACUCACCUCUCACCCCCUUUGCUGUUUCUGCUUCUCUACCUCCUCACCUUCUCUAUUCUCUCCCCUCUCCCCUAGGCCCAGGAUACGGAGGCCCCAGGGCAGGGAUCUGCCGUCAGUCUCACCAAGGAAGGUCAGGAGGCGAGGCAAGUCCUAAAGAGAAUCCUCGUCAAAUGUGCAGACAUCUCCAACCCUCUGCGGCCAAUGCACCUCUGUCGAGAGUGGGCGGAGCGUAUCGCCAAGGAGUAUUUCUCACAGACGGAUGAAGAGAAGUCAAGAGACCUGCCAGUCGUAUUCCCAGACUUCGAUCGUGAGACCUGUAUUAUCCCCAACACACAGACUAAAUUCAUCGAUUUCUUCAUCACCGGUCUAUUUGAGGCGUGGGACAACUACUGCAGUGUUCCGGAACUGUUGGAACAACUAUCUUCAAAUUAUGAGAUUUGGAAAAGCGAAGCUGAAAGCCCCACCCCCUCAGAGGAUGACGAGCACUGACCACACCCCCUGCCUAAAUGAGAUCAUGUGACUAUAUCUGUUCCAAAGCUGUGAAUAUAUCUACUGUUGCUCCUGACUCUCACUCGCCCUCUUGAUCCUCUCCAAUUAUUUGUCCCACACUCUCUGGAAUAACGCUAUUUCAUUCUCCGUUCUCUCUCUCCGUACUCUCUUGCUCGCUCACUCUCUCAAUGUGUGUUCAUAUUUGCACCCAAGAAGCUCAGCUUUCAUCUCAUGCUAUAUACAUAAUAAUAAUAAUAAUAAUUAUAAACACUGUAUUUGACGAGUUGAUUCUGAGCUUGCAUCCUGUGUGUCCCAGCAAUAUUGUGCAUUAGAUGAUAUUUUAGUUUUGUACUUCACAACAUCCACACUUAUUUAAAUAUAACAUUGACACUAAAAAUACAAGUUGAACAUCAUCCUCUUGUGUCAAUCAAAGAUAGUCGCAUUUCUUAAUUGGACAUCCAGAAAAUGUGCAGGCCCUUAUACUAGCAGGGCUGGAAGUUUCUGCCUCAAGACAAGGAAGUGCGAGGGAAAGAGGAGCAGACGUGUUUGAGGGAGGAAAUGCUAGUGGCUAUCUCUUGGUCCAGCUGCACCAACUCUGCCUCCUUCUCCUCCAAUAUCUGCUGCAGCUCUCUAGACUUCUCCUGUGCUUGUGUCAGUCUGGUCUGGAACUCAGGCAGUGUGUGACUGGCCUCAGCCAACUCUGCCGCCAUGCUGUCCUCCUGGGGAAUCCCCGUCGGUCUCCAUGCCGGAACGGUCCUUGGACUCUCCCGCUGCAGUCUGUCCAGCUCUGCCAGUUUGGAGGUCACAUUCCACUCCUCCAGUACUCGAGUGUACUUACCCUGAGUGUCGGAUCACGUGAUAUCGCGUGAUUAUCACACAGAUCACGUGACCCUAAUGUUGCCAACAUAAACCUCAAUAGCAGAGGAAAUAUUUGGGUGAAUCUGCUCCCAGAUCUUUGCGGCAACCUCUCGCACGGGAGACUCAAAGUAUUUGGAGAUGUUCUGCGUCUUGUACACAACCUCCUGUUGAUGUCUGAGGAACCGAGACAGCUGCUCCACCCGACGGCUGUCCGCCUUACUCGUCUCUUCCUCCUCGGAGCCUUCUCUCCCGCCGCCUGAACCAUUGUCUGCUCUUUCCUCUCGCUCGCUCUUCGCCUCCUGUUCCAUAACAGCCUCCAUCACACACAAAUUCCUUCGUAGUUCCC